AUGGAUCACAAUCCUACUGAUCUGAAGAGAGAAAUUGAAAGAAAAUGGGAGAUCUUAGGACAUGAGAGGCCAGAAACUCUGAAAGCGGAAUAUCCUUCGCAACCGUCUAUUUACAGGGUUCCAGAACAUCUUCGAGAGCUCAGUAACAAUGCUUACAUACCGUGGAGAGUAUCAAUUGGUCCUUAUCACUACAAUAAUCCGAAAUUUUGGGUUAUGGAAGAACACAAGCUGGAGUAUAUGAAGGCUUUCAUUAAUAGAGCGUCGCACAAAAAAUUAGAGGACUACAUUAAGGUUGUCGAGCAACUAGAACCGAUGGCGCGCUUUUGCUAUGCUGAUCGAACAAUAGGCCUCAUCCAGUCCAAAGACUUUGUUGAGAUGUUACUUAUUGAUGGUUGCUUCAUAGUAGAGUUCCUUCUUAGAAAGAUUCAAAAAUUAGCACUUGUUGAGAUGGAACCUACAAGACGAAGUUAUGGUCAAAUGUACGAAUUUGUCGGAAGUAUUUCCCCCUUCCGACCCACGCAUGAUAUCAUAUUCCGCAGUACAAGAACUUCGUUUGAAGUACGGCGUGAUCUGAUCUUGUUGGAGAAUCAACUUCCAUAUGAUGUCCUUGAGAGGUUAUAUGAUCUCACUUUUAAUAAACCAGAUGAGGCAUCGUCUUCAUAUGCCCAUUCACAAGAAAGUAACCAACUUCGAGAAAGAAUCGGUGUGUCUAAUGUGGCGAAUCUUGUUAGUUUCUUGAAAAUCUGCUGCCGACCUUUCCCUACCACCUAUCCACCUGAUGUUGCCUUGCCAGUUCCUACAGAACCAGCAUGUCUUUGCAGCCUAGAUGGCAGAGACACAAAGGAAUUUCGGGUCCCUAGUGUAACACAGUUGGCGAAAGCUGGCGUUCAUUUCAAAGCUAGUAAAAGCCCGUGGCUCAGUAUAGAUUUUGCAAAUGGGGUUCUGGAGUUGCCGGCUUUGAGUAUAUGGCAUCAUACAGAUACAUUUUUCAGGAAUGUGAUGGUGUACGAGUUAUACACCGAGGCUAAUCAUACCAGAACUACAACGAUUAGUGACUAUAUGUGUCUUAUGGAUGACCUGAUAAAUUCAAAAGAAGAUGUUGCUCUACUUACAAAGGAAGGUAUUAUUCAUAACUGGUUAGAGUCAGAUGAUGCAUUAUCAGAUCUAUUUAAUUCUAUUACUAAGCACAUCUUGGCAGACCAUGCAUCCUAUGCAAGAACCUGCAAGGAUCUCAAUGACUUUCUUAAGAAACCAAUGCCAAAGUACAAGGCAAUCCUUCGACAAAAUUACUUCAAUGAACCAUGGGCGAUUAUAUAUUUCAUCACUGGAGUGCUCAUACAAACUGCUGCUACUAUCAUACAGGCUGUCACUGAUAUUCGCUCUAACAAGUAG